CUUAUUGACUUAUUUACCCAACAGACGUUCAACAGCCCCUUCACAUUAAAGAGGAAGAGGAUGAUCCACAGCCCACCUACAUUAAAGAGGAAGAGGAGGAUCCACAGCACACCCACAUGAAAGAGGAAGAGGAAGAUCCACACAUGAAAGAGGAAGAGGAGGGAGAGUGUGUUGUAGAGCAGGAGGAGGAUGAUGUCAGCAAGUUUCCACUGACUGUUGUCUCUGUGAAGACUGAAGAGCAUGAAGACAAAGCACCUGAGUCCUCACAGCUUCAUCACAGUCCAAACGUCCAGCGGGUGUCAGCGGGGAGUCAUGAAGAGGAGUGGCACACCAGUGUGGGACAGAAGGAGCUACAGGCCCCCUCCCACAUUAAAGAGGAGCAGCUUCAUGAUGAAGAUGAAGCUCAGUCCUUCCAGCUUCAUCACAGUCAAAGUGAGGAGAACAGAGGGGCGGAGCUUGUAAGUCAACACAUCACAGAAGCUGAUGGAGAGCAUUGUGAAGAUAUCAAGUCAGAACCAGACAGCAUCUUUGCUCCACUGUCAGACAUGGACCACAUGAUGUCACACUCUUCUGAUCACAGUGACCACAUCCAAAAACCUUUGGAGAGUAAAAAUGACUCUAAAGGUGAUACGAGACAUCACACUAACAACAAACACUUUGAGUGCUCUGAAUGUGGGAAAUCAUUUAGAAAGAAGAGUCAUUUUACAGAACACAUGAGAACACAUACUGGAGAGAAACCUUUUGCUUGCUCAGCUUGUGCUAAAAGAUUCAAAACUAAGAAGGAAAUGAUAUUACACAUGAGAACACACACAGGUGAGCAAUCUUUUGCUUGCUCUGUUUGUAAGAAGAGUUUCUCCAGAAAGGAACACAUGACCACACACAUGAGAACACACACUGGAGAGAAACCUUAUGCUUGCUCAGCUUGUGCUAAAAGAUUCAACACUAAGAAAGUCAUGAUCACACACAUGAGAACACACACAGGUGAGAAACCCUUUACUUGCUCUGUUUGUAAGAAGAGUUUCUCCAGAAAGGGUGACAUGACCACACACAUGAGAACACACACUGGAGAGAAACCUUUUGCUUGCUCAGCUUGUGCUGAAAGUUUCAACACUAAGAAGGAACUUAUAUUACAUGUGAGAACACAAACAGGUGGUAAACCUUUUACUUGCGCCGUUUGUAAGAAGAGUUUCUCCAGAAAGGAACACAUGACCAGACACAUGAGAACACACACUGGAGAGAGACCUUUUGUUUGCUCAGCUUGUGCUAAAAGAUUCAACACUAAGAAGGAAAUGAUAUUACACAUGAGGACACACACAGGUGAGAAACCCUUUGCUUGCUCUGUUUGUAAGAAGAUUUUCUCCAGAAAGGAACACAUGACCACACACAUGAGAACACACACUGGAGAGAAACCUUUUACUUGCUCUGUUUGUAAGAAGAGUUUCUCCAGAAAGGGUGACAUGACCAUACACAUGGGAACACACACUGGAGAGAAACCUUUUGCUUGCUCAGCUUGUGCUAAAAGAUUCAACACUAAAAAGAAAAGUAUAUUACACAUGAGAACACACACUGGAGAGAAACCUUUUGCUUGCUCAGCUUGCGCUAAAAGAUUCAACACUAAGAUUGAAAUGAUGUUACACAUGAGAACACACACAGGUGAGAAACCUUUUUCUUGCUCUGUUUGUAAGAAGAGUUUCUCCAGAAAAGAACACAUGACCACACACAUGAGAACACACACUGGAGAGAAACCUUAUACUUGCUCUGUUUGUAAGAAGAGUUUCUCCAGAAAGGGUGACAUGACCAUACACAUGAGAACACACACUGGAGAGAAACCUUUUGCUUGCUCAGCUUGUGCUAAAAGAUUCAAUACUAAGAAGAAAAUUAUAUUACACAUGAGAACACACUCAGGUGAGAAACCUUUUACUUGCUCUGUUUGUAAGAAGAGUUUCUCCAGAAAGGAACACAUGACUACACACAUGAGAACACACACUGGAGAGAAACCUUUUACUUGCUCUGUUUGUAAGAAGAGUUUCUCCAGAAAGGGUGACAUGACCAUACACAUGAGAACACACACUGGAGAGAAACCUUUUGCUUGCUCAGCUUGUGCUAAAAGAUUCAACACUAAGAAGAAAAUUAUAUUACACAUGGUGCAAAAGGUCCAGAGCUUGUAA